AUGAAACUCGCCGUAUCCGGUUGCCCUCGCAACUGCGCGGAAUCCACCACCAAGGACGUCGGCGCAACCGCCAUCGAAGGCGGCAAGUGGGAAGUCCACGUCGGCGGAGCGGCCGGUUCUCGCGUCCGCAAGGGCGACACCCUCUGCACCGUGGAUUCCCACGACGACGUGCUCAGGUACAUGGGCAUCUUCAUGCAGUACUACCGGGAAAACGCCAAGUAUCUGGAACGCACCUACGAUUUCGUCGAGCGUUUGGGAAUCGAAAAGCUGCGCCAGAUCCUGGUGGAAGACAGCGAGGGAAUCUGCGGACGUCUCGAAUCCGAGAUGCAGGCGGCGGUGGAUGCGUAUCAGGACCCCUGGAAAGAGGAAUCCGAAGCGCCCAUCCACCCCAACCAAUUCGUAACCGCUCCCGCCCCUGUUGAACUGGUGAGGUAG